GGGUCGGGUGGAAUGUGUGUCUGGUAUACGCCGGCCGGCUGUAUCGUCACAAUGUUUGCGGACUUCUUCAAGGCCACAUGCGGAUCUCAGGGUACGGUGCAUAAAUGUAAGGCUCAUCACUGCUCAUAGUCAUCAGCGUACGUACAUAAAAAUGGAUGGAUGUCAGACUAGUGAAGAGGGAAUCCCAUCCCCAACAUGCAUUAUUCAUGCUCCAGAAAUCCACACUGACAAAUCAGAAGCUGAUAUUCUUGAGGCUCAGCCCAAAUCAUCUGUCAGUCAAGUUGGAAACCAUCUGGCAGAGGUCGCUGUUCAAGUUGCUUCUCCCACUUCAUCUAUAAAUAAAGAUGCUAAUGAGGACGGGCCAGAGAGUUCAGCUCUGCCCACAGGCAAUAGUGAGGAGUCCACAAAGUUUACACUUUACCAGAAAAUGACGUUUGUGAGCAUAACGAUAGCAACGAUGGCUGACGUAGCAGCUUUUUCAAUCAUGACACCAUUCUUUCCAAUCGAGGCAGAAUCACGAGGUCUUUCAUCUGUAACAGUUGGAUUUACCUUCAGCAUUUUCUCACUUGCAAGUUUUGUGUUUUCUCCUAUCUUCGGUAAAAUUUUACCAGUUGUGGGAGCACGCUUCAUGUUCUUAGCAGGUUCCUUCGUCUCAGCAGGAUGCUGCAUUCUCUUUGGGUUUAUUGAUGAAAUGCCAACGCAAACAACAUUCACUGUUUUCUGUAUGGUCUUACGGGUGGUGACAGGCAUCGGCGCAUCUGCUAGUAUGACGGCAUCGGCGGCCAUCAUUGCGUAUGCUUUCCCCAACAAUGUCGGCUUGGCCUCGAGUGUGAAUGAAAUGGUGGCAGGAGUGGGAUCCAUGAUAGGGCCAGCUAUUGGAGGACUCCUCUACUCCGCUGGUGGUUUCAAACUUCCAUUUAUAGUACUUGGAGCAGUGGACCUAUGUUUUAUUCCCAUCAAUUACUUUUUGAUGCCUGAGCAUGGCACCAAGAACGAGAAAAUGGGAUCGUUGUUCCAGUUGCUCCGAAUUCCCGCCAUCUGGGUGACGAUGACUUGUGUCCUUCAGGGAUCCAUUGCAAUGGGGUUUCUAGACCCAACACUCUCUCCUCACCUUAAGGAGCUGAAGCUGAAUAUUGACGAGAUCGGCUUCGUGUUCCUCGGGUUUUCAGCCCUGUAUGCCAUCUCUGCUGUCAUCUUUGGUUACCUUGCAGAUAAAACGAAAGCUACACGAAUCAUCAUGGUGUUGGGGUCAUACGGAGGUUGUAUUUCGUUUCUCUUGCUUGGGCCAUCUCCGUACCUCAACCUUCCCUUCACUACACCUAUUGUACUGUCAUCUCUAGUGAUUGGGUGCUCAACAAUUGCCAUGAUCGUCAUGCCAUCUUUCUUAGACAUGCUGAACUCUGCAAAAUGGUAUGGUAUUCCUAAUGAUUUGGGAUUGAACGGUAUGAUAUCUGGCCUAUGGACAGGAGUAUUUUCUCUCGGCUCAAUGCUGGGGCCUAUCAUAGGAGGCUCACUCAAACAGGGUUUUGGGUUCGGCAAAGCCACGACAUUAUUAGCUGGAAGCUGUAUUUUUACCAUGCUGGUCUUGUGUUUCUUCGGAGUGUGGGAAUAUCGCUGUGGCAAGGGGAAGCGUAUUCCAUCUUCAAGAAGAAUUUCUUUACACAGCUCUACAGAUGAGGAACGGAGCCCCCUUUUAGAUGGUAUCAACACCUAAAUGACUAUUUCUUAUGCAAGAUUAAUAUCAAGUACAACUAGCCAUAUUUGACAAUUGGAAUGAAGUUUGAAAGUCAAAACCUUUCCAGUUCUUUCGUUAAUAUUUUCAUCCAGUAAUUUGAAUUCAUUUCUGCGACAAAAUAAGUCAGAACGUUGCUACUUCAAAGAAUAGCUUCACAUUAGAAGUCAGGAUAUUAUAAAUUUAAAACACAAUUGCUACUGGAACACAGAAUAAACACAGUGCGCCUGUAGAUGCACUGCAUUAUUCUGUGUUUCACAAGCACGAGCGUGAUAUUACAAAUCUAUUCUUAAGCAAACUUGAGGCAUAGUAAAGAUAUUAUAGGAGCCUAUGAGCACAAACGUGCCACCUUGAAUUGAAAGUAAAUUUUGCAGUUGUUUGUUUUGCUUUUCGGGUAAAAUUAGCGCAGUGCUCUGAGUGAGAAAAGCACAUUACACGGGGUUUGCUAUGAACCCUGCAGUACAGUUACAUGUAUAUCUCACGCUGUUUGUCGCCAUGGAUCGACCAAUCAGAAUUGAGAAUUCAAGUUUGCUCGAAGGUAAGUAGCUUUGUUAAUGUUGUAGUUGAGUUUCUCACAGUUCCCUGCAAGUCUGUUACAAGUCAUCCCGUCACAAGCUAUUUCACCUGUGAACAGUAUUAAAAGCGUUUCUUCUGUGAAGUUCUGUCAUUGUUUUCCCUGUCACUUAUGACUGGUCAUCAUGAAAGGAUUCGUGAGUGUCCCUUGAAUACAACACAGGCUGUGUUGGUGGGGCGCUUGUGAAGUGGCCUCUGAGGUCACAGGUUGGAAUCUCAUUCUAAUCUUCAUUCAAAUAAAAGUAACCUUCCAAGUUGGCCCUUUCUGUAUUUUGCUUUUUAUGAAGUAUAAUAUUUAUACAGGGUCAUUCUUUUAUUGUCUACGAUUUUGUACGACAAAGUUGGGUAACUUAUUUCAGAUAUACAGCCAACCAAAUAUAUUUAUUACAAAAAUCCUACUUCAAAAAAUAUGAUUUAUAUCAAAUGUUAGAGUUGUUUGCUUUAGUGUAAAUUCUGCAUACAUUUUAUUGCCAAUGACAAUCUUACCUCAGGAUAUUUAUAUGAAGUAAAGAGAUGUUCAUGGUAAUGACUUAAAAAGAAAAAAAAACCUUUUAGUAGAUAAUAUCGAUAUUAUUAUUACAUGCAAUCGAAAUAAGGAAACAUCGUGUGUCUGUAGCUAAUGGAGAAUUUGAUUCAUUGUGUGAUGCGUUAUGUGUACAAUGUAUGAAUAUUUGAAUUUGAUGAGAAAUGUGUCUGUAUUCUCAUGAUCUAAUUUAAAUUGGAAAAAGCUGAAACCAAAAUUUAAUUAUUUGCCGAAUGUUUCUUCAGUAAUUACAUGUACGUUAAUAAAAUUCAUAAUGCUGCUCGUAUUUUCUUAGCUGUGUACAUUCACUAAAUUUGCCAGUGGUAAUCCUAUGGGUCUACAUGAAUAAAAGUGCUUCGAAUUUGGACCCCAGAUGUGUA